GGGCACUUCUGCGGCGUUCGUCCCUUCAUGGCGCCAUGGCUGCUAUUGAUGGUGACAGUUGGCAAGGCCCAGAUUACAUGGGGACCGCAGCCCAUGUUCCUUUCAGAGACAGAUGACUUUACCAAUCAGCAGAGACUUUAUGAAUUGCUGCAACAAGCAUACUUGACUGACUACGAAGCGCGUCAUCCCGAGCACCGCCUGGCGAAGGCUUUGGCGGCGGAGCUGGUGGAGUUUCAGCAGCGCGUGCCCACGUCACCGUCGCUUGCUCUGGCAGUGGCCAUGGGGAAAUACCACUUUGCUUGGUACAAAGAGGACGGCAAAGUGGACGUGCAAAGCGUGUGGGAGGCGGCUGAGCUUUUGAUGCUCAGUAUCCAGUUUAGCCAAUGCGAUCGCUCAGAGUUGCCCAUGGAGGUGUUUUUCCAGCGCAUGUGCCACGUUCGGUGGCCGUAUGCCGUGCUGCUCUUCAGCGAGCUGGGCCGCGAGUUUGCGUCCAGGUACUUGACAGAAGAGGCAGCCAACACCUUGGAAAGGGCGCUUGCGACCUUCGACGCCAUGAAGCUUUUGCCGUAUUAUUCGCAGAUGUCUUGGCAGAACGCUUAUGACGUGAACUUUAAUGAGGAGUGGUCUCCUGGCAGUGCAAACAUUGGCCCCGUGUGGGACAAGUCUAUAGUACCUUUAGCGCAGCUGCUGGAGUCCAAAUUCCCAUCUCUUCGAAACGAGCUGCAAAUGCUCCAAUCAGAUCCUGGCCUUUUUGACGAGCUAUCCUUUGAGCACUCCAAAGUUGAGGGCCAAGCUUCCUGGCCAGAGGGUGGCUGGCGAGCAGUGCAGCUCCGGCAAGGCAAUGGCGCUUGGCAAAGCCGCGCUUGUGACGUGUUACCUUCGACCUGUGCGCUGCUCUCCACGCGGCCCGAGCUUAGCUGUGCCAACUCCGGUGCGGCUUUGGUGAGGCUGCGCCCGGGUGGCCGUCUCAAACCUCAUUUCGGCCCUGCGCCGCAAUUGCAGCUACACAUAGCGCUGCGAGCUGAUGUUGGUGCCAGAAUGAGCGUAGGAAAUAGGACCUUGAGCUGGCAGACUGGUGAGGUCCUAGUUAUAGAUGGCAGCUUUAUACACCAGGAGUGGCACAAUGGCGUUCGGGGUGACAACUUUGUUCUGCAGGUCACGUUUUGCCAUCCCUGUGACGAGAGUCAAAGACCACUUUAUGGACCCUUACAAUGUGGGAGGCCCAUUGCAAGUCCUGGUGCCGCGCGAUCAGCGGUGGAAUAUCAGGAUGCUGCUACUCUACCAGUACCUUUCGCAGCAGCAGCGCUUUGGGCCGUCAGCCUGCCGGACUUAGCGAAGUGCAGCAGCAUCAACGAAGAAUGUCCGCCAGACUCGCAGCAUGGGGGUCCCAACCCUCUAAGCGCUUUGAACACCUGGAAUUACAUCAUGAAUAAUCUGCGUGCUGCGAUACGACACACUACAUCCCAAACUCAGAUUGAUCCCCAAGUGAUGACUGCUAUUGGGCAGGUUCAGGAAGGCAUCCAAAACUUUCUGGCUAUGCCCUCGCUGGAGCAGUACGCACCUGUCGUCACGUUGGCGUCGCAAAUCUUGGAGGCUCUCACGCCCUGGCUGCGACAGCAGGCUCCGGCCAUGCUGAAAUUCCCUUCGCCGGCGGCUCGACUCCCAGUGCCUGCAGAUGGAAGAAGCCCAGGGACCUUCGCAUUCAGGCUCUCCAAUGGUGUGGAGAUGCCCGCAAUUGGCUUCGGCACGUGGAAGCUUGAGGGUGAGGCCUGCUACCAAACUGUGCUUGCUGCACUGCAGUUGGGGCUUCGCCACAUCGAUACGGCGGAAGCGUACCAGAACGAAGCUGAGAUAGGUCGUGCAAUCCGGGACAGCCAAGUCCCGCGUGAGAAGCUCUUCAUUGCUACGAAGGCGACCAGCGUUGCACUGGGCAUGGCAGAGCCUUCGUAUCUGGAAACCAUCGUCGCUGGACAACUCCAGGCACUACGUACCGAGUAUCUAGACGUGUACAUGCUUCAUGCAGCUGGUGUGGGAGGAGAGAAACUGCAACAGGUUUGGAGGAACAUGGAGUACUUGGUGGAUCUUGGCCGCGUGCGUGCACUCGGUGUCUCCAACUUUGGCAUCCAGGAGUUGGAGAGGUUAUGGUCCAUAGCUCGAGUGAAGCCGGUCUACUUGCAAAACAUCUUCAAGAUCUACAAGCAAGGGGAGCAGAUCUUGGGCAACUCGCAGAGCGUGAUGGAUUGGGCACGAAGCCACGGAAUGAUGAUGGUCGGGUACAGCACGAUCAACUCCUGGCCUCACUUGUUGCAGCCGCUGUCGGAUCCGCACGUUCUGCAGAUUGCCAAAGCCAAGGGAAGAACUGCCUCCCAGGUUUUGCAUCGCUGGGCGCUGCAACAUGGCAUAGGCGUCAUUCCCAAGGCGUCGUCAAUCGAACGCAUCCGUGAGAACUCCCAACUAUUGGACUUCGAGCUUUCAGAUGCACAGAUGUCCGCGCUGGAUGGACUGGCGACGCUCAGCGAGACCACUCACAACAAGAUGCUGCCUUCCUGGAGAGAGGAUGUCUUUGGCCUUGCUGCUGCAACCUCCACACCGGGCCCCCGUUUUGAUGGCUUUGUGGAGGCCAUGCGAGACCAGGAAUGCAUUCGACAGCCCGAAGAGGUGAAGGCCACGCAGUGGACCCUUGGAGGUGGUGGACAUGGUAUCUCAGAGUGCCAAGCAGCUUGUCAUGCGCAGGCAGACUGUGGAUAUCUGGUCUUCUACGAGCAGACCGGCUUCUGUCACAUGUUCAGGAGUUGUCAACAGCAGCUGCCUGCUGGCGAUGGUGCUGUUCUCUUGGCGCGGCAGUGACGAAAAAAU